GGGCGAGCUCAGCUGGAGCAGAGAGGACCCAUUGAAGCUCAUGGAGGGGACAGCCAGGGAGCGCUUUCAGCCAUCGACGAACCAGAAGGGCCGGCACGAACUGAUGGCCACCCUGACGGAAGGGCAAUACGUCUUGUGCCGUUGGACCGACGGGCUCUAUUACCUUGGAAAGAUCAAGAGGGUGAGUGGAUCCAAGCAGAGCUGCCUGGUGACUUUCGAGGACAACUCUAAGUAUUGGGUGCUUUGGAAGGACAUCCAGCAUGCUGGGGUUCCGGGCGAAGAACCCAAAUGCAACAUCUGCCUUGGAGGCACCACAGGCCCCAUGAAUGACAUCUUGAUCUGUGGGAAGUGCGGACUAGGUUAUCACCAGCAGUGCCAUAUCCCGAGGGUGAGCGAUCGAGAGGACUCCUCGGCGACUCCUUGGUUCUGCCGGAGAUGUGUCUUUGCCUUGGCUGUGCGGAACGGUGGUGCCCUGAAGAAAGGAGCCAUUGCCCGGACGCUACAAAGGGUGAAGAUGGUGCUCUCCUACGACCCGGAGCAGUUGGAAUGGGACUCGCUCCAUCGGACCAACCACCAACAGUGUUACUGCUACUGCGGCGGCCCUGGCGAGUGGUACCUGAAGAUGCUGCAAUGUUGCCACUGCCGGCAGUGGUUCCACGAGGCCUGCACACAAUGCCUUAGUGACCCAAUGCUCUUCGGAGACCGAUUUUACAUUUUCUAUUGCUCGGUGUGCAACCAGGGCCCGGAAUACAUCAAACGGUUGCCUUUGAGAUGGGUUGACGUAGUGCAUCUCGCACUCUACAAUUUGGGCGUUCAAAGCAAGAAGAAGUACUUUGACUUUGAGGAAAUCGUGGCCUUUGUCAAUCACCACUGGGACCUCUUGCAGCUGGGGAAGUUGACCGGGACCCCGACAGCAGAGCGAGGACCCCAUCUUUCAGAUGCACUAAACAGCUACAAAAGCAGAUUUCUGUGCGGAAAGGAAAUCAAGAAGAAGAAAUGCAUCUUCCGCUUGCGGAUCCGCGUGCCCCCCAACCCGCCCAGCAAACUCCUGCCUGAGAAGAUCCCCGGAUCCGUUGAUGGAGGAGCGAAUGGACCCAAGAAAAGAGGGAGAUUCAAGCACUCUCGUAAAAGCAGGCCUGUAUCUUCCUUUUUUGUCUACAGUUCUGCACCAUGCACACUUCAGCAGGAAAGGAGGAGGAAACGGUCAAAAUUUCUUCUGGAGGAUGCUAUUCCCAGCAGUGAUUUUGCCUCGGCCUGGAGCACAAACCAUCAUCUGGCCAGCAUCUUUGAUUUCACUUUGGAUGAAAUUCAGAGCCUGAAAAGCGCAAGUUCGAGCCACACUUUCCUUUCCGAUGUGGAUUCCACCGAUGCAGUCAGCACUUCAGGAUCGGUGACAACCAGCCUGUCCUAUCAGUCAAGCCGAAGGAACGUGGGCAGCCGGAAGCGCAAACUGACUGCCAAGACUUCUGCAGUGGUUGAGGCCAAGCUGAAACACCCACGUCGAGCACUGCCUGCCUGCCUUUCCGAAGACGGCGAGGCGCCCGGAGCCCCAUCCCACCCGGACCACGCCAUCGACUGCCACACUUUGGAGAGCCUGAGCGAGGACGACGCCUCCCUCUCGCACCUCAAGUCCUCCAUCAGCAGCUACUUUGGGGCGGCCGGGCGGCUGGUGUGUGGCGAGAAGUACCAAGUCUUGGCGCGGAGGGUGACCCUGGAAGGCAAAGUGGAGUAUUUGGUGGAAUGGGAAGGCACCACUCCAUAUUGAAGUCACACCUUCAGGAAGGAAGUAGCAGAACGGAUGGGAAUGGAUUUCAGAAAUGGAAUACCGGGCUAGUCAUUGUUCUGUGCCGUUGAG